AUGAAACAUGCUAUUGAAUCUACAGGAAGCUUAAUAAAGGCUUUCAGUUCUUUGGAUAGAUGGCUACGUUUAUACUAUGAAGAGAAUUUACUACAAUGUGAAAAUAAAAGUAUAUGUAUUGAUUCGUUGUUAGCACAAGAUGAUAAAGAACGAUUAGAGCCACUUUUGAGAAGAGUAUCUCAAUUUGCGCUUAAUAAAAUUAAGAAUGAACUUCUCAGUGCAACUGUAUAUGAAGCUUGCUUGUGUGAAUUACGUGUCAAUUAUGACAUACCUUGUCAUCAUAUGCUUCCAACAAAAGGUUCUAUUAUGUUGUCGAGCAUUUCAAAAAGAUGGUUGUUAUUUCCCAAUCAAGAUCAACCUAAUUCUAGUCACAUAAUUCAAAACAUAACUUCACAAAAAACUGCUUUUUUAGAUAAACUUGAUGAUGUUUUAGCAGUUCUAGAAAUUAAACUUUCGGAUAUAAAAAUACCAGAAAAAAUUAUAGAAAAAGAUUACCCUUCUGGAACCAAACGACUACCAACUGCAUUAGAGCAUCAAAGCUCAAAGAUUUUAUUAAGUUAUUGUAUUCCUGCAGAUGAUAUAGAUCAGAUACACAAUCUAUUAAAUGAUGCAAUAAAUAAUCAACUAAAUAAGCGAAUGGAGAUUUACAAAGAUUGGCUGGGCUAUAACACUAAUUUACUUAAACAGAUAUUAGAGUUCCAAGCAUCACCUUGUCAUUCUUUAUUUUGGUUUAUAUCUUCUAAUUGCGCUCAACUGGCCGCCAACACUUUCUCUGUUCCUAUCGCUAUUUUUGAUGAUAAAAACGAACAGAGCAUGUUAUUUUUUUCAUUAGAGACACCACCA